CAGCGAAACAUAAAUAAAUAAAGAAACAGUUUGUGGAAGCAGAAAUAGAAAGAUGCAAGCUGCUAAGGAGAAAAUCAGCAAUUUGGCUAGUGUUGCUAAGGAGCGCAUGACUAUCUGCAAAGCCAAGGUUGAAGAGCAGGCAGAGUUAACAACAGCCAGGACAGCAGAAGAGAGAGAGUUGGCCAGGGAGCGUAGAAAAGUAAAGGGAGCACAGGCAAAGAUGGAAUUACAUCAGGCCAAAGCCAAGCAUGCAGCUGAGAAAUUAAGUUCCAAGCACCACCACCACCAACCGCCUGUGGUGGGCACUCAGCCCGUUGUUGGAACCCACGCUAACCAGCCAGUCGGAACUGGUGGUACCAUUCCUGGAACCACGGCCCCUGCACACCCCCUAGGAGGACACCCUCCUGGACACGGGCAUAUUUAGACAAUUAGCCAUGCUGUGUGAUGGAAGGUAGGACUCGGUGUGUGUGUGUACGUGUAGACUUGUCUGUCUUGAGUUUGUCAGUUCUCUGUUGGAAACUCUCUUCUGAACCGAAAAUUAUUGAUAAAUCACGCAUCCC